GUGGAAUUGAAUUGAGAAAUCAAGAUCAAGUCAUCAAGAUAAAAAUCAAAAUGUCUGGCGUUGUUAAAAUUGGACUAUGUUUCUCUUUUAUCAGGAGGCAUUUUGAGAUGUGAUUCCUCAGUUGAAUAGAGUCUAGUUAGUGGUUUCACGAUGACCACACAUAAAGCAGGAGGACAGCCCGGACGAAAGAAAGUCCAGGUAUCAUUUGUGAUCCGAGAUGAGGUGGAGAGGCAGCACAGAGCAGGCGUAAACUCGCUGCAGCUGGACCUGGCCACCAAUCGGCUGUUCUCGGCCGGGCAAGACAGCAUCAUUCGAACAUGGAACUGCAAGGAUGCCAAGCUGGGCAAAGACCCCUACAUCCACUCCAUGGAGCACCACACCGACUGGGUCAAUGACAUUGUUCUCUGCUGUGGCGGCAAAAAUUGUGAUCCAGCGUCGUCUAUGACUGGCAGUAAAAACUCAAUUUAUAGCCUGGCAAUGAAUCCUGCUGGCACUGUGAUUGUCUCUGGAAGUACAGAAAAGAUUCUGAGGGUUUGGGAUCCAAGGACCUGCGCUAAACAAAUGAAAUUAAUUGGUCAUAGUGAUAAUGUAAAAGCUUUAGUUGUAAAUAGAGAUGGAACACAGUGCUUGUCGGGCAGCUCGGAUGGGUCGAUCAAGUUGUGGUCGCUGGGUCAGCAGCAGUGCAUUCAGACGAUACGUGCGCACCACGAGGGUGUCUGGGCCAUUCUCGCAACCGAAGGAUUCUCUCAUGUGAUAUCGGGGGGUAGGGACAAAAAAGUAGUCAUGACUGAUUUGAAAAAUCAAAAGAGACAAGUAGUUAUCUGCGAAGAAAAAGCACCAAUACUGAAGAUGGUGGCUACCCCCGACCCCAGCGGGCUCUGGGUUGCCACGUCCGAUUCUACCAUCAACUACUGGAGCAUUCCAAAACGAGAUUCGCUGACAGAAAUAGGCAGCGGUGAUGAGACAGAGUGUGGCAACGUGAAGCCAGUGAAUAGCAAACCAGAGGCGACCAUCAAAGGUGGUCCUGCCGUUCGCAAGUUCCACAUAUUGAACGACAAAAGGCACAUACUAACCUGCGACACUGAAAAUAAUGUUGCUAUAUAUGAUGUAUUACAGGUUAGGAAAGAAAAAGAUCUUGGUCAAGUUGAUUUUGAAACAGAAAUAAAAAAUCGCUUCAAAAAGGUGUACGUCCCUACUUGGUUCAGUGUUGAUCUCAAAACUGGAAUGCUUACAAUACACUUGGGCCAAGAUGAAACGGACUGCUUUUCAGCAUGGGUCUCCUCUAAAGAAGCUGAAUUGAUAAUGAGUGAAAACAUGGAGCAGAAAGUCAAUUAUGGGAGCAUGGUUUUGAGAGCACUGCUUGAAAAGUGGUGGAUAAAAAUAGCCAAUGAUACAAAUGAUCAGAGUGUUCCACAUGGCCGUACAAAUAACGACUAUUUCAAAGUUCCUGAUCAUACUCCUCUGAUAUUCAGUGAAGUGGGUGGGCGAACAUUGUACAGGUUGCUUGUGAAAGAUGUAGGCGGUGAUAAUGAGGCCACUCUUUUGAAUGAGACUGUACCUCAAUGGGUCAAAGAUAUAGUUGUCGAGAAGAACAUGCCAAAAUUCACAAAAAUAUCAUUCUAUCUUCAACCACAUGGUACAUGCAAUUUCAAAACUUUGAAGAAAGACCGAUUGAUUGCAAACGAUUUCAUCCAAAUGAACAAAGUGGCUGAGCACGUAUUUGAAAAGGUUUUGGGAGCGGAAAGUGGCACUGUUGCAGUUUCUAGCUCUCCUGGUGCGGAGCAAACUGAUGACCAGGAAACUAAUUCUCUAGCUGAGGACAAGGUUGAGUUGCUGUGUAGCGAUGAGGUCCUCGAUUCGAAUAUGGACUUGCGAACUGUUAAAUAUUUCAUUUGGAAGUCUCCUACAGACCUUACACUACAUUUCAGGCCCUUGAAAAGCUCCCAGAAUUCAGUGCAGAAACCCUGAUGACCUCAAAGAGUAUUUUUUCGUUAUUGAAAGCUAGUGUUCCGAUAAAGUGUUUUUUUUUGUACUGUGAUCAUAUUUUUUGGUAAAAUGUAAUUGUCUUUGACAAGAACUGUGUCCCUAGGUGAUACAGGUUGUAUGUAUGUAUUAGUUUUUAGAUGAAAAUAUUUUGAUACUUUAUAUUAAUUGUAUUGAAGUUGUAUUCAAGAAGUUUAAUUUUGAUUGCCACUUCGUGUAAGGCUGCGUUUACUCCAAAGUUAUUAACAAAAUUUUAAUAACUUAAUCCUUAUAGAUUCUAUUAGAUUGAACAUAACUUAUCAUACACAUGAUAAACAUAUGUGUUUGUCGAGUUCCGUUCAAUCUAAUAGAAACUAUAACGAUUUUAUGUAAACGCAGCUUAAUGUACUCUAAUCGAAAAAAAACUUUUCUAAUUAUGUGCAUAAAAUCAAAAUGAAUCGACUUUGUAGAAACUUCCGUUCAAUGAUUGUUGGAACUUGUAAAUAAACAUUAAAUUUUCUAUUUAUAAGUUUUGGUUUUCACUUUCAUUUUCAAAUUGAAAUUGAAAACCCAUAUUUUAUAUAGCUCAACCAUCAAUAUGGUAUUUUCUAAAUAUCAAUCAGAUUUUAUGUGCUUUAAAAGUAUCAAAAAGUCUGAUUGUCUUAUGUACUAUUGUUUUUAAAAAGCUUGACCUCUUUUUCAGUGUGGCCAGGCUCUAUCAUAAUCAGAUUUCUUUUUACAAGACUGAUACUAUUGUAUUUCUGUUUCAACAUUACUCUUAUCAAAAUCUGAAAAAUAAAUCAUCGUAAUGAACUGUA